CUUCCAAGAUGGCGGCGGCGGCGCCGCUGGGAGCGAGCGGGAGCGGGGGCGGAGCGGGAAAGAGCGGCGAGGAGAGGCUGAAGGAAAUGGAGGCCGAGAUGGCGCUGUUCGAGCAGGAGGUGUUGGGGGCCGCGCCCCCCCCCGCCCCCCCCGACCCCCCCGUCCUGCGCCCCAUCAUCGCCACCAACACCUACCAGCAGGUGCAGCAGAGCCUGGAGGCCCGCGCUGCCGCCGCCGCCACCGCCGCCCCCCCCAUGGGGACCCCCACUGUCCCCUUCGUGGGCCCAGUGUCCCCACAGCGGCCGCCCGUCCUGCGCCCGGCGUUUGUCCCCCACGUCCUGCAGCGAAGCGCGUCCCCGCGGGCGCUGCCUCUGCGCCCCCCGCCCCCCCUGGGCCCCAGGCCGCCCCCCCCGACCCCCAUCGCCCCCCUCGGGGGGACCCUGCGCCCCACGGCUCCCGUCGGUGGAGGGGGGGGUCCGGUCCCCCCUUUAUCCCCCUUGGUGGCCGCCCCCCGUCCUGCUUUGGGGACCCCCAAGUUGAACCCCAGCGUCAUCCAAGCCGCCCCCACCGUCUACGCGCCCCCCCCGGCCAAGAAACCCCAGGAGGAGGUGCCCCCUCCGCGGGCACCGCCCCCCCCCGAGGAGCCCCGGAUCGGGCCCAGCCUCCCCGCCCCCCCCCUCGCCCCUCCCCUCGCCCCCCCGAACCUCCCCCAACCCCCUCGACCCCCCCGAAGGAACCAGCGCCCCGAACCCCCCGGCAUCGAGGCGGGACCGGAGCCUCCGGGGGAGGACAAGAAGAAGGGCCGAGGGGAGCGGCUGAAGCGCUGUAUCCGCACGGCGGCCGGCAGCAGCUGGGAGGACCCCAGCCUGCUCGAGUGGGACGCCGACGACUUCCGGAUCUUCUGCGGCGAUCUGGGCAACGAGGUGAACGAUGACAUCCUGGCUCGCGCCUUCGGCCGUUAUCCGUCCUUCCUCAAAGCCAAAGUCAUCCGCGACAAACGCACCGGAAAGACCAAAGGUUACGGCUUCGUCUCCUUCAAAGACCCCAACGACUACGUGCGCGCCAUGAGGGAGAUGAACGGCAAGUACGUGGGCAGCCGUCCCAUCAAACUCCGGAAGAGUAUGUGGAAAGAUCGGAAUCUCGAGGUCGUGAGGCGCAAACAGCGCGAGAAGAAGAAACUGGGGCUGAGAUAACUGGGAGCACUGGGAGGGACUGGG